CUUCAGCCGCCAACACGUGAAAGUGGGAGUCGAGUCGUGGUGGGAGUGAAAGAAAGAGCGGAAUGUUCAAUCCCACAUGCAUCAUUUGCUUCCUGUGACGAUUGUUUAGAGAGCUCGUAUAGCUCGUGAGAAAGUCCAACCAGAUCUUGUCUUUCUCGAUUGUUGGGCCGUUGGUGGUGUCCUUGGCAGAUGGUUACCACUGGUGGAGAUGCAAGUACGAAUCUGGGCGAAGAAAGGCGACGUGGAUGCGGUUCUCAGCCAUUGCUGUUGUCAUUAUUAUGCGGAAGGGAAUAACAGAGCCAAAGACCGAACAGACUUGCCUUGAUGAGAGUUCAUUCAUUUCCCCACGCACUCGCAAAUAAAACAUAAAUAUCCAAGUCCACAAUUAACCAUGUCCUAUCAAAAAGAAGAAACCAAGUCGUUAAUGAAGAAUGUAUCGGUACAGCAUUACCAGUACUGUGAAUCGGAAGAUUUCGAUUCCCAUUUGCGUCGUCGUUGUUACAAUCUUCCCGUGGGCAAGAUCUUGACCGUCUUGGUGGUGGCGUUGUUUGGCGUGGCGGGCUUGUUGAUUGGACAAUUGGUGGUGGGCCGUCCUACUACUCAUAGUGAUAUCGAUGACGCGGACGUCAAAGCCAUGGUGGAAGUGACGCCAGAUGGUCAGUAUCAUGUCCACAGGAAUGUCACGUUUGUACCAGAUGAAACGACCUUUGCUCAAUUGGCCACGGAAUUGUUGCCGCCGUGGUAUCAAGCGUCCUUAAUGGCCGUGGAGGAUACACUCGAUAAUAAGAAGAACAACAAUAUCAACAACAAUCACAAGAACAGCAUUGCCCCCGAUCAAGUCCAAGGUUGUCGCAAAGCAUUGCUCAUGACGCGCGAUUUAUUGGAUGUUUUUGCACCCGUCUUUGCCACGCCACCCAGUAGUCGCAAUUUGUGGCGCAAAUUGCGCAAAUUGUACAAGGAAGGAUACGAAAAAGUCGGUUAUUUGCAAGAUUUGGAUCAUUCCGGAGUCGACUACUCGGAUGCCCUCUUGCGACAACGCGUCACACAAGUGCUGCUGUGGCGAGAUGAAUUCAAUACGUUUCAACACAAACAUCGUAUUUCCUAUUUGUUUCGUCAUGCCGCGGAUACUAAUACCAACAAAUGCAAUCGUCAUGCGCCACUGGCGACAUCGCAAAAGUUUUGGAGCAACGACAAUGAAGACUUGCCGUGUGGCAGUGAUUUGGCAUUGGUCACGUUGCGACAAUUGGCCGUGCUGCAACUCACACAUGCGCAAUACUAUUGGAAUCAAAUUCAAGAUUAUGACAGCGUGGUGGACGAAUUACGCGAAGAACACUUUCACAAUUUGCGCAAACAAUUGCGAGCUCAUGUCGAUGUCUUUGGUGGCAAUACCGACAGUCCCCUCUUGUUGCCUGACAUUUUGAAUACUGGCACAACAGAAAUGGACACGCUCGACAAGGCACAACAUUUGCUCGGGGCCAUUAAUGAUCUCUGGACGGCCUAUCACAUUUACGAAACAAGGGGGACUCAUGGAAAAGAGCAGAAAGAGUUGGUCCAACAAAUGGAUGACGCCUGGACGGAAUUUCGACAGUGGGCCGUCGACAAGGAUUUGGCCGGAGUGAUUCAAGCGGCAUUGGAUAGUAGUACUUCUACGAGUACUACUGAUGUAUCCACCACUUCCUCCCUACAACCGUGAAACCAAAUAAAGUAGAAAAACGUAAGAUAGUUGUACAUGCAUGUAGAUUUGUCAUGGUUGCUGGGGGUCAAGCCCGGUGGAGGACCCAUCCCAUUGGGAUCCAUGCAACCAAGCAACCUUGGGUUUUCUUACAUAGCUUUUUGCCAGCUCUGAUGUGUUCUUCGUGCUCCGAGCACGAUCGAGGAACCGCCCAAGAUAAUACGGUACGGGCUGAGCAAAAAGGAUGGUCCCAAAACGAUCGAACCAGCAUGUUCCCAUAAGCAAUCAGUAGAGUACUACCGAAGCCUUGGAUCCAAAGCUCCAUAUUGUUGCUUGCUACCGGUAGUGGUUUAGAAUAGGGAAGUUGUCUUUUGUAUACAGUACCGGAAUUCUUGCCUGCGUUUAGAUCAGAGAUGCUAUGGAGGAUUUCUUGGCUGGACCCAACAACAACAACAACAACAACUUUUCCAAUAAUCAAACUUCAAUACGGGUAAGCAACGAGCAACAGCCGGCAGUGGCAAAUUUGGUUGCGGGGGAUCUGGAGGAAGAUCAAAUGGCUAGGCCAUCGCCAGAAGCUGCCAAUUUGAAGAGGGAUGAAUCUGUUGGUAGCAGCACAGAUGACCCCCAUGGAACAGAAGAAGAAGAAGAAAAGGACACUCUUGUUUUGGAUAUUCAUACCAAGCGGCCCGCUUUGGAAGCUGCACAGUCUGAAAUGGAUGAAGGAACUGCCAUGACCAGAGAUUGGAAAGAAAAACAAGAUCUCAGUCAAGAAACAAAUCUAGAAGAUUAUGAUGAAAAAAUUGUGGCAGAUCAGGCCAGUUGGGCAGUUGUGGAACGUCUCAAUGCCAAAGAAGAUCUCCGUCAAGAAAAAUCAACCACUGCUAGCAACAACCUCAUGCAGUUGGCAGUGGAAAUCAAUGAAGCUGCCAAACUGGAAAAAUUUGCCAUCCUUCAUGCCCGAGCAAGUACUUCCAAAGAGAGCACAGAAAGUAACUUCAGUGACAAUAACAAUGGCACUACCAACAACACUACGGAUUCUGCAGUGACGGCACUUGCUAAUGGCAAUGGGGCUCAGAUCAGCAACACUCCACAAAGCCACCAGCUAUCGUUCUUCCCAAAGGGACGGACAGCUGCUGCGGGUGUGCCUGCCAAAGGAUCGGCGACAGCACAAACGUUGGAGGCGGACAAAGAUCUUGAGCAAGAAUGCGAAAACACAGCUAUCAACAAUGUCAUGCAAAUGGCAAUGGAGAUCAUUGAAAGUGCCAAAGUAGAAAAAUAUGAAACUGCUGCCAAUUCUCGGAAUGCCGCAAAUUCAACGGAACAAGGUGUAGGACUUCAUUGCCAAUGUGCAGAACUUGAAGCAGUACUACCACCUAUCCCACUACAGAGGCAACAACAUCAGCCAUCAAGACCAGGGGCCUACUUGGGUUUACCGGGAGAAGCCUUACAACGUGCAACUACCCUACAGUAUUCACUUGUUGGUGCCGGUGCCACUGGUCAGGACGGACCAUUAGUGCAGAUACGCAAUCCAGGCGAUUCCUCUGCACUGGCUGAACCACAUAAUGUGGGACAACCCAGCAACAGCAACAUUCCAUCAACGAAUGACCCGUACUUGGCAGUUGCAAAUCUUGUUGUAGAAGAUCCAGAGGAUGAACAAACUAGGCCCUCUGCAGAUCCAGUCAAUCUACAGCAUGUCCAACAGAGAGAAGAAAAGAGGAAGAAACAGAGGCUGAUGUUUAUGCUCUUCUUUCUCCUGUUGUUAAUUGUGGCAGCAGUCAUUGUGGGAGCUGUGGCAGGAACCCAAAAGAGGAAGGAGCCAGAGGUUCUUAUCCUGCAGACAACAGAGGCCCCCACAGUUUAUGGCUCCAUGGAACCAACCAGAGUUCCAUCCACUGCUCCCACUGGUGCUCUGGACUUGUUGUUGGAUACUCUACCCCAUAGCACUGUGGCCAGGAUCAACAAUGGCAGUGGAUUCCCUCAGUGGAAGGCCUGGCAGUGGCUUGCCAAUCACCAAAACAUCACAUUUCUUCCAGAAUGGAGGAAAGUCCAGCUAUUUUCACUGGCUACAUUCUUCUAUGCCUUUGAGGGAGAAAAUUGGAACCAUUUAAUAAAAGGCCAUGGAUGGAUGGAUUACACAGUGGAAGAAUGCGACUGGUUCUCCAGUGGAUUUGGAUGGUUUGAGUUUGACGAGUCAUACAUUGAUUUUCAAACAUUGGGCCUCACAUUCACACGUCCCUGCAACAGCCAAGGACAAUUCACGUUUCUGCAUCUGCAAGACCUGCAGCUCUCUGGUCGUCCCCCAUUCUUGCCACCUGAGAUUGCGCUCUUGACUUCCUUGUCUUUUGUAGACUUUUCGAGCAAUGACAUUGCCGGACCAAUUUCAUCUCUGUUACCAACAGAACUUUAUGAGAUGACUGGAUUGACACAUUUGAGCUUGUCGGGAAAUCAGUGCACUGGCAAAAUUCCCUCUGAGAUUUCUCUAUUGACUUCAUUGUCCUACCUUCACUUGGGACUGAAUCAGUUCUCCGGUCCAUUUCCUUCAGAGCUUGGGCUCCUAACCUCGUUGGAAGAACUUUGGAUUUAUUGGAAUCAGUUGACCGGUCCAGUUCCUUCUGAGCUAGGGCUUCUGACCUCACUGGACCAGUUUUCCUUAUCUGCCAAUCAGUUGACGGGUCCAUUUCCUUCGGAGCUUGGGCUCCUAACCUCACUUUGCCUGCUUUCCCUACCUGCCAAUCUAUUGACUGGUGUACUGCCUUCUGAGCUUGGGCUCCUAACCUCAUUGGAAGACCUUUCGAUUUUUCAGAAUAAGUUGA